UAAUGUAGGUCAAUUUAGCGAUCAUUUUAAAACAUUAGUUACUGUACUGAGCCCAUGUACUGUACUGACAACAUGAGCUAAAUUGGUUGAGACAGGAGUUGGCGCUCCAAGUUAGGUUUUGUGACGUUUUAGCGUUUUAAUGAUUUUUUUUUUAAUAUUCAAAACCUGUUUUAGGGAACAAUUUGGCCAGAAAACAUAUUAGAGAUUCGUUCACUUUAAGAUUGACUCCGCAUUUAUAACCUUAUCCCUCAAAACUCAUAAAAGUUCAUGAUACGGCAGCACUAGGCUGAAUUGGUAACUAAUUAUUUCAUGAGUGUAGGAGUUAGGGGAUCAAUCAAAAAUUAAAUAGCGACAGUUCCUGUCGAGGUUCCUGUAGUUUUGAAGAUACUAAACUGAUCUAACUCUGGUUGAUGUGCACCGUUAAAGCAUUUUUGAUGUCAAAAUUGAACUCAACAACCCAGAAUAUGAUAUCAAAAUCAAAUCAUGAUUUGAUUAUCCGAACAAUCGACUAAUCAAAGCGAAAUUUUUCCGAGGACUUCGGAUAAUCGAGUCUGAACUGUACUUUUUUAAAGGGAACCCUAAAUUGAAGGUAAUUUUUCAAAAGGGCGUAGCCUUGCUUGAGAACGUUAAUGUUUAUUUGAUUAUAUGACUGAACGGUAGUACAUGAAAACACUUUAAAAACUUUUCAUAAAUAUAUUCACCUAAAAAAACAAAUUCAUGCCAAAGGUUGUAUAAAAGUUAUUACAAAACCAUUCAUGAAUUAGUAUAAAAUGAACUUCACACAUCGUUCGCGUAUUUCUUUGCCAAACAAGUUUACGAUCUCCGAAGUAUUGGUAUCAGCUCUCUUUGGCCAUCAGCAAAAUACCCGAAAAUUAAAUAACCCAACAAACAAGUUCACUCAACAGUCUGCCUCAAGCAACCACCGAGAUAAGAUAGAGAAAGUCGCGAUGUCACGCCCGAUUCUGUACACGCUCCACCUGAGCCCUCCCUGCCGGGCCGUCGAACUGACGGCCAAGGCGCUGGGCCUCGAUUUGGAGCAGAAGGUGGUCAAUCUGCUCACCGGGGACCACCUGAAGCCGGAUUAUCUCAAGAUGAACCCCCAGCAUACGAUUCCGGUGCUGGACGAUAACGGGACCAUCAUUCCGGAGAGUCACGCCAUCAUGAUCUACCUGGUGUCCAAGUACGGCAAGGACGACAGCCUGUACUCGAAGGAGAUCGUCAAACAGGCCAAGCUUAACGCGGCGCUGCACUUUGAGUCGGGCGUUCUGUUUGCGCGGAUGCGGUUCUUGUUUGAACCGAUUCUGUUCCGAGGUAGCAGUGAAAUGCCAGCCGAUCGCACGGAGUACAUCGAAAAGGCUUAUCAGCUGUUGGAAGACACCCUGGUUGAUGACUACGUGGUUGGGAGCACCCCAACGAUCGCCGAUUUCAGCUGCAUUUCUACGAUCUCGUCGUUGAUGGGAGUUAUCCCACUGGAGUCGACGAAGUAUCCCAAAAUUCUUGCCUGGGUUGACCGUCUAAAGGCAUUGCCGUACUACGAAGAAGCCAAUGAAAGUGGUGCCGUCCAGUUGUCAUCAGCUGUUCUGGCUUCCAAGGAGAAGAACGCGGCCAAGGCCUCGCUGUAACAAUGCAUGCAAAUAAAUACUUCGAUGUUAUAUUGAAACAA